AUGGACCAAAUAGAGCAUAAAUUGGUAAAAGUGAAUGGGCUAAAGCUCCAUAUAGCUGAAAUUGGAAAUGGGUCUUCUCCAGUAGUGUUGUUCUUGCAUGGUUUCCCUGAGAUAUGGUAUUCUUGGAGGCACCAGAUAGUUGCUGUGGCUAAUGCUGGUUUCAGAUGCAUUGCACCCGAUUACAGAGGUUAUGGACUAUCCGACCCGCCACCCCAACCCGAGAAAACCACAUUCUCUGAUUUCAUCAAUGACUUGAUUGCUCUCCUUGAUGCUCUUGGCAUUUCUAAAGUAACUCUAGUUGCUAAAGAUUUUGGUGCUAAGCUGGCUCAGAUAGUGGUUCUUUUACACCCUGAACGAGUCACAGGAGUCGUCACAUUGGGUUCCCCUUUUACACCUUUAGGUCCUCGGAAAUUUCUCGAGGCCCUUCCAGAAAGCUUGUAUAUUUCGAGAUGGCAGGAACCAGGAAAGGCCGAAGCUGAUUUUGGCAGACUUGAUUUUAAAACAGUUUUACGCAACAUAUACAUCCUCUUCUCCAGAAAUGACAUACCAAUAGCAGCACCUAAUCAGGAGAUAAUGGAUUUAGUGGAUUCAUCAACCCCUCUACCCCCUUGGUUCUCUGACGAAGACCUUUCAGCCUAUGGUGCUCUCUAUGAGAAAUCUGGAUUCCGAACUGCAUUGCAGGUUCCUUAUAGGUCGCUGAAUGAAGAGUUUAACAUAUCAAACCAAAUAAUUGAGGUUCCAGCACUGCUAAUCAUGGGGGAAAAGGACUAUACCUUGAAAUUUCCAGGAAUUCAGGACUAUAUAAGAAGUGGACGGGUGAAAUGCUUCGCGACCAAUUUGGAGAUAGUGUACUUGCCAGAAGGUUCCCACUUUGUUCAAGAGCAAUUACCAGACCAGGUCAAUGAGCUAAUACUCAAGUUUCUCAAAAGUCAUUCUUAA